AUGUGCCGGAGAGUCAUUCAUCGCUUCAAGAAAACUUUGACUAUUCCAUUUACCUCUACAAUCACUCCAGAAAAACGAGACGACGCUAUCAAAUACUGGGUCAGAGUAACCCAGCAAUAUAAGUUCAUGACUGAGCUUUCACUGCUCCGAAGAUCCAUAGCUCUGACGAAAUCUCAUCCCUUGGUCAAGCUGCUUCCAUUUAUCGACAACCAAAGACUCCUCCGCAUCGGUGGACAACUCCGCAAUUCACUACUUCCCAUGAACUCAAAACAUCCCUAUAUUCUACCAGCCAACUCACGAUUGUCUCUACUAAUUAUUCGCGAUGCUCAUGAGCAAACGUUGCAUGGGUCUACUCAAAAGACCCUAGCUUUCAUUCGUCAAACGUUUUGGAUAAUAGGAGGCCGUAGUCCAAUUAGAUCAUUCAUCAGGAAAUGCCCACGAUGCAUCCGCUACAGAGCUCAAGCAGCAUCGCACAUCAUGGGCCAACUUCCCACCAGCAGAGUCACACCAGGUCGAGCCUUCUUACACACAGGGAUCGAUUACGCUGGACCGUUUAUUGUUAAGACAUGGAGAGGCCGAGCAGCAAAAACAUAUAAAGCUUGGGUUUCGCUGUUUAUCUGCAUGUCCACCUCAGCAAUACAUCUUAAAUUAGUCACUGACUACUCCACAGAAGCCUUCAUCGCAGCCUACAAGCGGUUUACAGCUAGGCGUGGGAUCUGCGCCACUUUGUCCAGUGACUGCGGAACGAACUUUAAAGGAGCGGAUGCACACUUGCGACAGUUCUUUGACCAACAAUCCAAAGAGUUAAAUCAAAUUUCUUCAAUUCUAUCCAACAGCGGAACCAAGUGGAUUUUCAACCCUCCAUCAUCCCCACAUUUUGGUGGAAAGUGGGAAGCUGGGGUGAAGUCCAUGAAGUACCACCUUCCACGAAUUGUCGGUGACACUCAGUUGACAUACGAAGAGCUCUCAACAGUUUUAUGUCAAAUCGAAGGAAUUCUUAAUUCUCGGCCUCUAUGUCCACUCACGGAUGAUCCCAACGACCUCGAGGUCCUUACUCCUGGACACUUCCUCGUAGGUCACUCGCUAAACCUGAUACCAGAGCCAAAUGUUCAAUAUCUCAAAACAUCAAGAUUAUCUCGGUGGCAACAUCUCUGCUACAUGACCCAGAGUUUUUGGGAAAAAUGGUCGAAAGAAUAUCUACAAAGAUUUUCAGCUACGUAUAAAUGGAAACAAGCUACACCAACCAUUCAAGAAGGAAGUCCUAUCAUUAUAACGGACGAACGAUAUCCCCCAGCCAAAUGGGCACUUGGGCGAGUCCUAAAGUUACAUCACGGCUCAGACGGAGUCGCUAGAGUUGCGACGAUAAAAACGAGUACAUCGACGCUGACCCGGCCACUUGUAAAACUCUGCCCGUUAGACAUCACCUCAGAGAGCUGUUCGUCGCCGGAGCCAACGAAGGCGGGCGGGAAUGUUUAA